UGUAGGGCAACUUUUUAAAUAAAUGCUUUUCAUAGAGUUUUUCCUCAGUUCCUGCUGAGAUGCAGCCAGAUUGCUAAAUAGCAUAUAGGUGGCUUAGUUUCCAUCUCUGUACAAUAAUGUAUUUUAAGCCAGGAGAUUGGUAUAUUACUUGUAUUACAUUUAUAUUGCAGCUCAUUUAAUGCAAGAAUGCUGUAAGAUCAAUCAUAUCAAGUUUGCAGUAGCCUAUAACAUUACAAAUUAGGACUGUCACAAUGUUCUAAAAGAAAUGCAGCUUUCCAUGAGUAAAGUCCUUUUUGGAAUGAGCUAUUCCUUAUUUGAAAGCAAAAACUAUGUAAAUCAAUUCUGUAUGGCUUGCUGAUUGCAAUUAAAUAUUAUACUAAGUUAUUGCGUUGUAUCACAAUGGAGGCCUGUAUGAUGCUUCUUUUUGCAGUAACAAAUGCUCAUUUUUCUCUGCUCUGAAACCAACAGGAUUCACGGAUUUAUUUAGGUAAUUUGCCCAAGGUUAUACACAGAUUUAUCCUUGAUAUGCAACUUUCGACCCAUAGGUGAAAAUGUCAAUGAACUUUUAUGGUACUGGGGAUAUAAUCCCAAAGUCUUUCACUGACUUGAUUAUAAAAUGCCAAAACAUUACCAAUAUGUUACCAAGAUUACCAACUUUCUGUUUAGCAUAUCAAAAUGUUUUUAAUAUAUUUUAUAAAAUGGUUAGUUCCUGUCCUUGAUUCUGAUUGAUCAAUAGCUGCGUUUUAUUCACGAUAAAACACGGCUAUGACCGCUUCACCCAACGGUUCUGUGUAUCACUACACAACACCCUUAGCAACCACUCUUAGCAACGUAAACUGUUUGUUCUCAAUUGAUAUUGUUCAUUGAAACGUAUUGUAUUAUGUAGAAGAGUAUUGUGAUAAAAAGAUCGAGUGAGCGAGUUUAUUACCUGCAUUCAGAUUUAGCAUUAUCCUUCAGGUCAGUCCUAUGUUCAUAAUAAAAAAUCUGUUUAAAUGUCUGAUGUAUUAUCUUGUCCUUUUAACAGUUAAGGGGUUUUCCCGUGACUGACAGCGCUAGUUAAGAGCAUUUGUCAGUUACGUCUUGUUCCGUGUUCAGAACAAUUCAGUCUUUUCAAUGUAAAGACUUUGUUACUGACUGACACACUCAUACAGACAGUCUUUGUCGCCAUCUAAUGGCGUAAUAAUGUAAUUUCUGUUGCUGUUUACAGUCAGGGACUAUUUUUUCCGGCGGAAGGAAGGCUUUUAGAAAAAGUUUACUUCAUGAAAGUUGCAUUAUAUUUUUGGCUUUAAUAUUUGUAUCGUGUGGUAACCGUUUUAUAAAAGCAAUAAGGUACUCGAGGCUAGUGCUGUAUCGCUUCACGUCGUGCCUCACAACGCCCUUCAGCCAUGACUUAUUCACGAUACAGCACAGCCUCGAGUACCUUAUUACUUACAUAUAUAUCAUACUGUCCAAUGGACAGCUUUCUUCAUGUAUAUUACAACUCUUUAGGUGAAACAGGAAACAAUACACAACUGAAAAUUAUAUGUGACAGACAUGGAGACCCCUGGUGUUCACUAUGAACAGUUACUAAUGUCUAAUCAAAGAGAACCUGUUUGCUCAUACACAAAACCAGGUGAUGCAUCGAUGGGCGGUUCCCACACGACAAACGGGUACUUCUGUUUGUUCAAACUAUUAGUGCAGUUUUUCCAUCUCCCUCAACACACACAGUUUUAGAGACCUAAGAAUUCAUUAAUGCUUUAUUGAUGAAUUUCAAUGCUAAAAACGUUCCUGUAUUACAGGAACGAAGGAACUUGACAGAACAGGUUUGACUUGGGUGUAACAUCCUACGAACAAGUGAAGCACUUCACUUGUGUUACUUUCACACAGUGAGUGCUCUACGAAAGUUCAUAUAACUCUCUGUACAGUGGCAGUUCACAGAAGCAAAGAACAGCAAGUUUAAAGGAAAGAUGCAUAAAAGACAAGUCAGAGAUGAUACCACAAACUCCCUCACUUCUGAUUUAACAGAGGAGAAAAGAAAGCAGCUCUGUGCCUUGCUGGGGAAUGUGGAACUGACUCUUCUCUACAAAGCUUCUGUUCAUGGAUAUCAUGCUUCUGCCUUCCACCAGCGAUGCGACAGUCAGGGUCCAACAUUACUUGUGGCCUACAACUGUUCAGGCUACAUCUUUGGUGGAUACACUAGUGUAGAUUAUACUCAAAGUGGCAGGCAAAUUACUGAUGAGGACAUAUUCCUAUUCAGCUUUCAAGGCAAGAUCCCUGUGUGCAUCAAAAUUAACAGUGGAUAUAAUGCACGUCUCGAUGAUGCUGGAGUACCCAACUUUGGCCAACAGUUGUACUUUUGUUACAACAACCAACCAGUUGUGUAUAAUCAAGGAGUGAGUGCAUUUACUGUUAAUGUGGCAACAAUGUAUGGGAAUGACACUCAAAUGACUGAAUGUGAGGUGUACAAAGUGGAGCAGAGCUCUCAAAUCAGUGCAGAAGAGAAACCAUGGAGGAACGUUCUGUGGACAGCUGAACGAAGAGACGAGCUCAUGGAAUCGAUCAGGAAUUAUAAACCCAUGCUGACGUCUGUGAGUCAUGUCAGAAUCCUAAUGAUCGGUCCUGUAGGUGCUGGAAAAUCCAGUUUCUUCAACUCCAUCAACUCCAUCUUCAUGGGCCGCAUGACCAGUAAAGCCAUGUCAGGAUCUGCAGGCACUAGCCUCACCACACAGUUUCGCACAUACCCAGUGAAAGACGGUCGUGAGGGAAAGCCACUGCCGUUUGUGUUGUGUGACACCAUGGGACUCGAGGAGCAAUCAGGUGCAGGACUGGAUAUUGAGGACAUCAGCCGCAUUCUUCAAGGUCACGUACCAGACCGCUAUAAAUUCAACCCCAUGGCACCAUUUCAACCGGAUGAGCAAAAGGCCUCCAAACCUGCAUCUCUACAGGAGAAGAUCCACUGUGUGGUGUACGUGAUAGACGCCACCAAAAUCUCCCUCAUGUCCGACAAACUAGAGGAAAAACUCGCUGCCAUACGCAGAAAAGUGAACUCACUGGGCAUUGCUCAGAUCGUCUUGAUGACAAAAGUAGAUGAAGCAUGUCCUCUAGUGGAGGAGGAUCUUCAAAGACUUUAUGUCAGUUCCUACAUCAAGACGAAGGUUCAGGAGGUGAGCUCUCGGUUGGGUGUGCCGGUGUCUUGUGUGUUACCGGUGAAGAACUACAGUCAGGAGCUGGAGCUGGAGCUCAACUGUGACGUCCUGCUUCUCACCGCUCUACAGCAGAUGCUAAACUUUUCAGAUGACUAUCUGGAUGAUGUUUGUCACAUGGAGAGCAACCCCAUAUAAAGGGCUGCUGUUAUUUAAUUUUCUCAACAAUUCUGAGGCCAGAUGCGUGUUAUAUAUGAUACGGGUUUAGACUAGAAUAUAGGAACACUGGUGUCUUGUCAAUUGAGGUAUUUUAUGUUAGUUUACAACAAUAAUGGUCACUUUGUACACUUGUAUUGUGUCAAUUUAUCAACCAUACAAUCAGCUUUAAAAUGUAAUAAUGAAAUUGUGAGAAAAAUAUAUUUAAAAAUGUCAACACAUACACUGUUUGUUAAUAGCUAUUAAACAUCACACUGACUGA